ACACAACCCAGGCUUUAUCCUGCUUGUCUGUCCCGCUCACUCAGACCUCACAGGAAACUCCCAACUCCCCCUGCCCUUACACUCACUCACCUUCACUUACCACACUUUUUUUUACUUUGACACACAGUCCCGCCGGCUGCGCUCACUCUGUCCAUAGAGGAUGGCUGUGUCCAUGUGGAGAAUGAAUGGGCUCUGGAGAAGGAUGGCUGGAGUUCUGGUGCUCUGCACUCUGUUGCUCAGCAAUGAGGUGAUAUGUCAAGAUGAUUCAGUAACAGAUGCCGCAACUGCAGCCGAUCUAGGUGGAGACAGCAGUGCUGUGACAGAUGUUCCAGCUCCAGCCGCCUCUUCUGCCCCCACUGUGGAUUCCGGUGAUGGUGAUGGUGCUGGUGGUGGUGAAGACUCUGCUGUCUCUGCUGGUCCUGAAGUCCCAGCAACUAUUAUAACCAUUGACAUUGGUGCGGACAACCCGAAUGUAGACCUCUCAGGCACCAUUGCUAGCACCCUUGCCAAAGGCGUUGAGGUGCCUGCAGUCAAUGAGAACUCAGAUGUCUCCAACGUUGUUAAAAAAGUGGUGCCUACUGUGAAGUGUGUUGGAGAGAACGACAUCCCAGAAAGUAAUGCUGUCAAGGCUAUGGUGGCAACAGCUGACUGUGAGGCAACUAAAAGCCUUAUUGAGAAUAACCCAACAUACUGGUGCCGUAAAGAAGGAACCUGUAAUAUAGAAAUCUUCCAAAAUGGCAACGAGUUGCGGCUGAGCAGCAAAGACGCUAAUUCAGCUUCUUUGGCUGAAGCGCUCAAGAGUGAAGAUUUGAAAGAGAAGCUGGGUGUGACUAAGGUUGAGACCCCGUCAUCAUCAGGAUCCUCAGUAUUUGUUGGAAUACUGGUCACUGGUCUGCUUGCCGCCCUUGCAAUGACCAUCGGUUACUUAAAAUGCCAACGCAGGACUGACACCAAGGGGGUGAAGCUGGCAGAGGAAGCCUAUCCAGUAGAUCAGGAGAACCAGGGGAACACGCUGGUAUCUGUGGCCCCCCUCAACCCUCCUCCAGAGACCCAGGAGAAACCCAGCGUAAAUGGAGAGUCCCCUGAGGCAGCCAAGACCCAGCCUCCUCCUCCCACCAAUGGCCACUCCACUGCCAAGACAGCAGACACCGAGCUGUGAAAUGGCCUACAACGGAUUGCAGCCCAGGAACUACCCCCACAAACACACCCAUCCACACACAUGCCUAUGAAAACUCACCUCCUCUCCUGAGUCCACUCCUGCCCAGUCACACAGCAAAGUGGACUACAGGGACUAGAACUGUCUUUUGCGUCAACACUCCUCUUGUUAUGGUUCCCUUGCCUCCUCCUUUGGCUAUGUGCCUCAACAAACAUCAGGAAAACUAGUCUGAUGAUGACGAUGAUGGUGGUGAUGAAUGAUGCUGAUGAUGACGAAGGCUCAGUCCCUGGGUUGUUGACGGCAGUCAGGCUGGAGUCGAGGGACAGGAGAUGGGCAGUUCUGGGUGGGAGGAGAGUGUAUUUUAGCAAUUUAUCAGCGCUGGCUCCCACGGUGACUGCAACCUCUGGAGUCCCAGCCAUUUGCUGUCAACACCCAGCAGGGGUCUCUGCUUGUCGUCCCGUUUAAAGCUUCAACCAAAUCCUCCACCAGAAAAUACAGUAUAAGCACAUAAAUGAAAUUGUUCCUUGGUUUAUUGAUAAGCCGUGACAGACAGAGAGGAGACAAAUCACACUGCCUUGAAAUCUGUUUACAAACUUCUCAGAGAGAAAAUCCAUUGGGCUCUCAUCUUGUUUGUCUGAUUGAGUUAUUGAUCAUGUAGGUGUGCGAAUGCGUGUGUGUGUAUGUGUGUUUGUGUGCUGCUGUCAUGCCCGCAUGUGUGUGUUAACAUAUACUUCUAUCUGCACUGUGCAUGGACUGUAUAUAUCUAAGCUUUUCUUGCUUACUGUGCGUACUGUAUGGCAUGUUUGAUGAGGAGUGAUAGAUGUCGAUCAUGUGAGUGAAGAAUGAGGGUGAAUGUGCAUGUGAACAUUAGCCAUGAAAAGCAUUCAGUUUUGUAAAAUGAGUUGACAAAGUGAUGGUUCACCCAGUUACUGUGAUGAGGAGGGAGAAAUAGUCACAACAUUUUCUUGAAGAGGGGUAGCCGUAAGGAAUUCUCCAAUCUGCUACCGCAAACUGAAGUGAUAUAAAACACAAAGUUAACCAGCUUCUUAACAAUGGCUUUAUAGUCACUGCUGAAAAUCAUGAGGCUGUCUGUCUGCCCAACAGACUUCUAAAGGCCUCAGACACAGAGCCUCUUACUGUCAGCUCUGUCCAUCCAUUUGUCAGUGUUACUCUCUUUUCAAUAUACUGUAUAAGCUCUUUUUAACUAGCAGUAUCCUAUUGAGCAGUGUGUAUAGUAUGGUGACUCUUUGUCUUGUUUUUAUUCUGUGUACACACACUUGCGAUUUUCAUUUUAUGUGCCAAAGAAUUUCAUUUCAUAGCCUAUGUUGUACUAAAAUAUGUACUUUGUGGCAACUUUGCAAUGUUUGAUUCAGGUCAUACGUGUUGUAAAAAGAUGCUCAAAGGCUAUGACUGUUAGAACAAAGCAUCUGGUGGCCAAUAUCUGUGUUUUCUUUUUUUUCCUGCCCUGUAAGUUCAGGUGACAUCAGUUUUUACAGACAUACCAGAGGUAAAGUACAAAAGAAAAUUAGAUUUUUUUUUUAUUAUUAUUUUUUUGUGUCAAAUGGGAACAAAGAAAUGGGAUGUCUCACAUUGAUUCCUCCUUUCAGUCAAUUUUGUAUCUUUUCAUUGCUAACAUUCCAGUGUUACUGUUUCAUUUUACUAGUACCCUGUAGUUUGAAUUGGAUUUAACAUGAAAAAAAUAAAAAGCAGAAAAUAAACAACUUGAAUGAA